AAUGGCAUCUGGAUUUGUGGUCUUAGCUUGUUUGUUGUCAUGGCUACAGAGAACUGGUGGACAGUGUCAGUUUUGUGGGGAUCUAGACACAGUGCCAAGCGGGUACAGUGAGUAUCUAUAUGCUCCAAGUCAGGCGCAUAUUGAAAAUCCAGAGAGGGGGUUUAUGUAUGAAAUCGACACAAAAUCAUCAAGCCAUACUCCACUAUCAGUGUCUAGGCUGAAUACGCUAAGAGCCGAUUAUGGAAUCACAUGGAUAAACCGCCAAUGGGUGAUGGAUUUAUUUAGAGAGAGCCCUCUAUCGGCAGAGUUCAUACAACAAGUUAGAACGGACCUUGAUUUCAUUCGAAAUGCUGGCAUGACUGUGAUACCAAGAUUCCAUUAUAUCGACACACAGAGACCCAGCGCCCCCUAUGGAGACGCGACAAAACCUGUAAUGUUGGGGCAUAUUCAACAGCUGGCCCCAGUGUUUUCAGACUAUGCUGAUGUGAUUGCGGUGAUGAAUUCUGGUUUCAUUGGAACAUGGGGUGAAUGGUACUAUACAACACACUUUGGGGACCCGCAGUUUAGAGACUGGAGUGCACCGGGAAACAUACGCGGAUAUCCCCCGGAAAUGUUCGUUGAAAGAGCAGAUAUUUUAGAAGCAUUGUUAGCUGCUGUCCCGUCACACAUACAAGUCCAACUCAGGUAUCCUUGGCAAAAGCGGGUCAUGUAUCUCGAUGAAACGCCCGUCUCCCGAGAGGACGCAUACAACCGAACACUGAAAGGCAGAACAGGUCACCUAAACGACGCUUUCCUUGCAAGCGACACUGACAUGGGAACAAUCAUAGAUCCCAACGUCGACUAUCCUUACCUGAAUGCGGAGACGCGCUAUCUGGCACAGGGUGGAGAAUGCAAUCAAGUUAGCACUAAUCCACCUGGAAGGUCUGAGUGUCCCACUGCAACGUCAGAAAUGGCGUACUUCCACUAUGAUUUCCUCAACCGAGCCUACAGACAAGAUGUUAUAGACCUGUGGAUUCUUGGGGGUUGUUACGGCGAUAUACAUAGAAAUCUUGGUUACAGAUUUUUGCUGGAAAGGAGUGUUAUUCCGGACAGAGUUGCCAAAGGUGGGAGGUUUUGUUUUCGUCUCGAGCUUAGGAACACCGGGUGGUCGACCCCUUUCAAUGAGAAAACAAUGGCGUUCUAUUUAAGAGACGCAGCAGGAACAUUGUAUCGCGCUGUCAUCCCUGAUAUCGAGGUACGUGACUGGCAGACGGAAGUAGGGCCAAUUGUGAUAGAAGGAACUCUUGGCAUUCCAGAAAGCUUCCCCGAUGGCGUAUAUGAGGUGCUCCUUGGAAUGUAUAACCCUAGGCGGAGUUGGGAUUCCAAUCAGUACAUCUUGUUUGCGAAUAGCGAUGUACCAGAAUUUCAAACAGGAUUUAACAAUCUUGGGCAUAUUCUAACGGUGAGUUCCGACACAUCGAGUACUGGUACUGAAUGCUCUGUGUUUUCCUCAAUAAGCGCCCCUGCCCUGAGUUCGUACAAUAGAGUGUGGGAAUGUACGCUAGAGUGCGCUUCAACCAGUGCAACUUCCGCUUAACAACGGAAUAUUAAACCGAUGUAUUACGUAAAAUGUAGAAUAAAAUAAGAUUCACACAUACAUGUAGCUAGGUAAGGUGUGUCCGAUUCCAGCCAAUCCGAACAGUAGAGUAUUCGAAUAAUAAACAGUGUGUGAAAUAUCAAUGA